UCGAGAAAUUGAACAAUUAUUGCACUAAUCAACAAUGAAGACCUUAACGAUUACCACUUUUUUAUUAGUUGUCGCAUUUGCUUUCGUGGCAUCUAUCCCGGUCAACUUAAAUAAGAGCUGGAUGGAGCUGGUGCAGAAGUGCGACAACAAAGCGGAAGUUUUCGAAGUGAUGCAAAAAAUCUCCACUGGUAUUUGGCCACGCGAUUCCGCAUGGAAACAACUGCGACUGUGUCUGAACAAACGCAUGGGAUACCUGAAAGACGACGGACGAAGCGACUACACAACGAAGAACAAAUGGAACGAAAUGAAAGACGACGAAAUGUCGAAAUUUCAAUAA